AUGCUGAUACCUCCACAAUCAAUCAUCUUCCGCCACUCCCAGUACCUGACAUAUCCAUCCCUGAGUCUCUGCCAAAACACAAUCCUCAUACGCAUGCGCCCCUUCCUCUUCAACAUCCCCUCCACGGAUGAAUCGGCAGUAUAUGCAAUGUCCUCGCACCUCAUCCAUCACUUCCAUCAUCUGCUCGUCCCAUUCUUCUACGGCCUGCAACCGCCUCUGGAUAUCUGCGACCCAUUCGGCACCUCUUCCGUGGCCUCCACCUCUUCCGUGGCCUCCACCCUCCCCUCACCUCCGCCCCCACUCCUCUGCCACUCUUCAUCUGCACCGGUCGCAAAACACGCUGUCCGUCUGCCCGCAACUGCCCUCCUCCGCUCCAUCCAUGUGUUGACUUAA